AUGGGCGGUACAGCCGGUGCCUCAACCUCUCUGGCUCGCUCCGGCUCUGGCAUCAACCGCAAGAAGUCGCUCGUGCGGCCAGAACGUAACAGAGUCGACCCAGACCAUCCCAACUACCAGUAUCGUCAGCAUGUACUUGCAACAAAUGCGACAGUUAUGCCUUCAGCAACAGGUGAAGUCCCAAGAGGCCCCAUGACCGAGUUUGGAGAGAGCGAGUUCGACGCGGAGAGUACGAGCGACGGAAUGGCAGCGGCGCUUGGUAAGGGAAGGGCUGCGCCAGUUAACGGCGGUAACGUGGCAGGAAAGAUGAAGGGGAAAAGAGGUACAAAGUACUUUCGCAGGGAUAACGAGACCGAGGCAAGUUUUUGGGCGGUAUACUGUUCGUUGGUGACGUGUUGGAUUCCCGGCACGGUACUUCGGUGGUGUGGUAUACCCGGAAAACAGCAGCAAAUGGCAUGGAGAGAAAAGAUUGGAUUGAUUUCGUGUAUCUUGGCGAUUGCCGCCAUUGUCGGUUAUCUUACCUUUGGUUUCACGGCGACCGUCUGUGGGUCACCUCGCCCCACUUAUCGCAUCAACGAAGUCAACACUGGUAUGCUCAUUAUCCACGGCCGCGCAUACGAUCUUUCUCAGUCGACGCAUCCUGCUUUCCAGGGUAACCCUACCGGCGCCAACGUUCUGUUCAACCCUGUCAAUGCUGGUGGUCAAGAUGCUAGCUUCUUGUUCCAGAACGUCAACCACAAGUGCAAGGGUCUGAUCACCAAGGUUUCCGGCUCUAGCAUUCCUGAAGACUCCGAUGGCAACUUGGGUUGGUAUAUGCCUUGUCACCUCCGCAACCAGGAUGGAUCAACGGCGGCGAACUUUACCUAUGAGCAUUACACUGGAUACUCUUGUCACACCUCGACCAAUGCUCGCGAUGCGUACUACAACCUCGACGUCGGCGGGGAUGUUUACUUCACUUGGGACGAUGUCAAGAACUCCUCUAGGAACUUGAUGGUCUACUCUGGAGAUGUUAUCGACUUGGAUCUCAUCUCAUGGCUUCCUGCUGACAAUGUUACGUACCCCUCUGUUUUCGAUGAAUUGAAGAACGGCACCCUGAACGACAGAUACCGCGGUGUUGACGUUACGCACGCUUUCUUGAAGACCGGCCAGAAGCACAUCGGUGAAUGUUUGAGCGAUAUCGCAAAGGUUGGUAUGGUUGACUCUAUCACUGUUGGUUGCAUGGCUUCCAAGGUCGUCUUGUACGUCUCCCUUGUCUUCAUCUUGGCUGUUGUCGCUGUUAAGUUCGUGUUGGCCUUGAUCUUCGGAUGGUUCCUCAGUCGCAGACUCGGGAAUAACAUGGCUAACAUGACCAAGGAACAGCUCGAGGCGAGAAGGUUGGAGAUUGAGGAGUGGUCAGACGAUAUCUACCGUCCUGCGGCUGAUGCUAACUUGCCUAACGUCAUCGCUACUGGAGCUGCGGCUGUCAACAAUGGUCGUCGUGCGUCUUUCUUGCCCACCAGCUCGAGGUUCGGUAACAGAGCUUCCUCCAUUGCUCGUCCUGCUACCAGUGGUACUGCGUCCAACAAGAAGCAGCCGAUCACCAUGGCCAUCCAACAACAGAACCAGCGUCUUACCAUGAACAAUCAGAGUCGCGCGUCCCUCCUGGAUCCCUCUUUCUUGCAGUCUACCACCAGUUUCGGAACUGGUGCCAGCGCAUUCGAUGUUGAUGCCGCGCCUGGGCCUGCUGGGUUCGUGCACGAAGCUGUCGUUCCUCAGCCUCCGAUUGAGUACCAACCUUUCAAUUUCCCGCUUGCUCACACCAUCUGUCUCGUCACUGCUUACUCCGAAUCCGCCGAGGGUAUCCGCUCCACCUGUGACUCUCUCGCCACUACCGAUUACCCCAACUCACACAAGCUCUUGCUCAUUAUUUGUGAUGGUCUCAUCAAGGGUUCUGGUAACGAUUUGACUACGCCCGAUAUCUGUUUGGCUAUGAUGAAGGACUUUGCUGUUCAGCCUGAGGAGGUCGAGGCUCACUCGUAUGUCGCUAUCGCGAACGGUGAGAAGAGGCACAACAUGGCCAAAGUCUAUGCCGGUUUCUACGACUACGAUGACAGCACAGUCGAUUCCUCCAAGCAGCAGCGUGUUCCGAUGAUUCUUGUCGUCAAGAGUGGUACUCCUGCUGAGGCCACCGCCGGGAAGCCGGGUAACCGUGGUAAGCGUGAUUCUCAGGUCAUCCUUAUGAGUUUCUUGCAGAAGGUCAUGUUCGAUGAGCGUAUGACAGAGCUCGAGUAUGAAAUGUUCAACGGGAUCUGGAAGGUGACCGGUAUUUCACCUGACCUUUACGAGAUUGUUCUCAUGGUGGAUGCGGAUACCAAGGUCUUCCCUGAUUCUUUGACUCACAUGGUUUCCACUAUGGUCCGUGAUCCUGAGGUUAUGGGAUUGUGCGGUGAGACCAAGAUUGCCAACAAGACGCAGUCCUGGGUUACUGCCAUCCAGGUCUUCGAGUACUACAUUUCUCACCACUUGUCCAAGUCUUUCGAGGCUGUUUUCGGUAUGGUCACCUGUUUACCCGGAUGUUUCUGUAUGUACCGUAUCAAAGCCCCUAAGGGUCCUGCCGGUUACUGGGUUCCUAUCUUGAACAACCCCGAUAUCGUUGCUCACUACUCCGAAAACGUUGUCGAAACCCUUCACCAGAAGAACUUGCUUCUUCUCGGAGAAGACCGGUUCUUGUCGACUCUUAUGCUCAAGACCUUCCCGAAGAGGAAGAUGAUGUUCGUUCCGGCUGCUGUCUGUAAGACGGUUGUUCCUGAUGAGUUCAAGGUUUUGUUGUCUCAGCGUCGUCGUUGGAUUAACUCUACCGUGCACAACUUGAUGGAGUUGGUCUUGGUCAAGGAUCUUUGUGGUACUUUCUGCUUCUCUAUGCAAUUUGUUGUGUUCAUCGAGUUGGUCGGGACGCUUGUCUUGCCGGCUGCUUUGGCUUUCACUUUGUACGUCGUUAUCAUCGCUAUUGUCGCGAAGCCAGUACCCAUUAUUCCUCUUGUGCUUCUCGCACUGGUUCUUGGCCUGCCGGCUGUCUUGAUUGUUUUAACUGCCAAGCGUGCUUCUUACAUCUUGUGGAUGUUGAUCUACUUGAUCUCCCUCCCCGUCUGGAAUUUGGUGUUGCCAUCAUGGGCAUUCUGGCAUUUCGAUGAUUUCUCUUGGGGAGAAACUCGCAAGGUCAUCGGUGAGGUCAAGGGUGAAGACCACGGUGGCAAGGAGGGAGAGUUCAACAGUGACAUGAUUGUCAUGAAGAGAUGGGGGGAUUUCGAACGCGACAGGAGAAAGAUGAUGAGCCCCGGAUCUGCCCCCUCCCCACAAGGCGGCAACGGAUAUUUGUCGCCAGUGAGCGAGAGUGUACUCGGUAACAGCAAGCAGUACGAUUCAUUCCAGCAGAUGGAUCUAGGAUUGGGAGAGAAUGGCUCUUCGGAGGAUUAUGCUACGGCUAAGUAA